UUACGUGGCCCCUGGUUGGCACUCCUGUACUCCAGACGCCUCGAGGCAACAGUGCCACUUCUGGCACUCCUGUACUUCAGACGCCUCGGUGCAACAGUGCCACUUCUGGCACUCCUGUACUCCAGACGCCUCGAGGCAACAGUGCCACUUCUGGCACUCCUGUACUUCAGACGCCUCGAGGCAACAGUGCCACUUCUGGCACUCCUGUACUCCAGACGCCUCGAGGCAACAGUGCCACUUCUGGCACUCCUGUACUCCAGACGCCUCGAGGCAACAGUGCCACUUCUGGCACUCCUGUACUCCAGACGCCUCGAGGCAACAGUGCCACUUCUGGCACUCCUGUACUUCAGACGCCUCGAGGCAACAGUGCCACUUCUGGCACUCCUGUACUUCAGACGCCUCGGUGCAACAGUGCCACUUCUGGCACUCCUGUACUCCAGACGCCUCGAGGCAACAGUGCCACUUCUGGCACUCCUGUACUUCAGACGCCUCGAGGCAACAGUGCCACUUCUGGUACUCCUGUACUCCAGACGCCUCGAGGCAACAGUGCCACUUCUGGCACUCCUGUACUUCAGACGCCUCGAGGCAACAGUGCCACUUCUGGCACUCCUGUACUCCAGACGCCUCGAGGCAACAGUGCCACUUCUGGCACUCCUGUACUUCAGACGCCUCGAGGCAACAGUGCCACUUCUGGCACUCCUGUACUUCAGACGCCUCGGUGCAACAGUGCCACUUCUGGCACUCCUGUACUUCAGACGCCUCGAGGCAACAGUGCCACUUCUGGCACUCCUGUACUUCAGACGCCUCGAGGCAACAGUGCCACUUCUGGCACUCCUGUACUCCAGACGCCUCGAGGCAACAAUGCCACUUCUGGCACUCCUGUACUUCAGACGCCUCGAGACAACAGUGCCACUUCUGGCACUCCUGUACUCCAGACGCCUCGAGGCAACAGUGCCACUUCUGGCACUCCUGUACUCCAGACGCCUCGAGGCAACAGUGCCACUUCUGGCACUCCUGUACUCCAGACGCCUCGAGGCAACAGUGCCACUUCUGGCACUCCUGUACUUCAGACGCCUCGAGGCAACAGUGCCACUUCUGGCACUCCUGUACUUCAGACGCCUCGAGGCAACAGUGCCACUUCUGGCACUCCUGUACUCCAGACGCCUCGAGGCAACAGUGCCACUUCUGGCACUCCUGUACUUCAGACGCCUCGAGGCAACAGUGCCACUUCUGGCACUCCUGUACUUCAGACGCCUCGAGGCAACAGUGCCACUUCUGGCACUCCUGUACUCCAGACGCCUCGAGGCAACAGUGCCACUUCUGGCACUCCUGUACUUCAGACGCCUCGAGGCAACAGUGCCACUUCUGGCACUCCUGUACUUCAGACGCCUCGAGGCAACAGUGCCACUUCUUCGUGUCAAUCUCAUUGUUUUUUCCUCCACUGA